CGCGGUGACGUCACUAGGGCGUGAUUCUUAUAUUCUGCCACCGCCCAACAUCUAGUCUCUGCUGCAGCAGCGCGCGCCGCUGCUGAAAACUUGCAUAGCUGGGGAUUUGUUCGGGGGUGUGCGGAGCCGAGCUGCGUCGGGUCUUCGCCCAGCAAUUAAGGGGAUGGCCAGUUCAUCUAAGAAAGGACAUGCCACCAGUGUCCUGACACCGCGGUACAUGUCCUUGCUGCACAGUCUUUGCAAGCUGAGUUGUCCCACAGAGAGCGAAGUCUCCUCCAUUUUCCACGACGAGUUCCGGAGCGCUCUCGGAGGCCCAAGCCCUAGGGCUUCCGCGGCUCCACUGAGGGCCCGGGGAGCUGCGACCAGCGGCUCGAAGAAACGCGGGGGCGGCAAGUCAGCUAGUCGGGGUUCCGGCAAGGGCCGCAGUCGCAAGACCUCCAAAGGUGACGACCCCGACGGCGAUGACGACGAGAGCGUCGACACAGAACCUUACGAACGUGCUUGCACAUGGAAGCGCGACGAGACACGCUGCUGGCUCAUCGGCGAGCUGGAGCCUUGGAAUCGUAUUCUUUCAAGGACCUUCUUUGAGAUUCGCGAACACAAGUGGGGCGAGCUCACCCUCCAGGGUUACUCCACGACAGAGAUCAACACGACGACACUCCACGAUGUUCUUCGAGUUUCUCUGUUGCUGCACUUGCUGGUCCGCCAACACAGGUGCUUGCUGCGCAUCGUGUUGGACCUGGUCACCAACGAAAUCGAACCUGAAGUGUUCUGGCACGCCAUCAAGACCUGCUCUCGUCAGUUCGACUACUUCGAGUACCGCUCCAAUGACCACCACGAAUUCGGCUUGGUACCACAGCCAGUAGGCGUCCUAUGGUGCCACUCCAUUGCUGCCCUGAGAAAUCUGCCCACUAUCACACUGUUUCGAGUGUUCUUCGACAAGGAAAUCGUCAGAGUGCUUGGACGCUACGUGCAACGCUCGACUAGCCUAACUAAACUCGUGAUCAAAGCCGUGACGGCUGACAGCGACGAUGCUGUUAGAUUCCUCGAUCAACUGGCCCGCAACACGACGCUGAAGACGUUGAUAGUGGGAUACUCCAUGAUCAAGGACCGAGCAGGCGAAGCCCUUGCCAAGGUCGUGCUUAACCACGUUGCUCUUGAAACACUCGAGAUCUCUGCCUCGAACGACGUUAACCCGUCACCCAUACUGAGAGCCUCCGUGCAAAGCCCAUGUCUGAAAUCGCUGUCUGUCAACGAAUGCAUCAUCGAAUUGGCUGACAUCCACUAUAUGGUCCGAGCCCUCAGUCGGCCUGCGCCAAUCAGGCCCCCCGAAGGGGGCAAGAAACCACGAUCGGAAUCACCGAUAGACGGCCUGCAGAAGCUCGCCUUCUUCCACUGCCUGUGCAACGAUCCUGUAUUGGACAAGGUCUAUGCCAGCCUUAUCGGAGGCGUACUACGCCAUCUCACCUUCACCGCCUGCAAUCUGACAGAUGCGUUCGCGUCAGGUGCCGUGUUCCAACUGCGCAAGGACAGACGCCUGAGACACCUAUACGUCCAGCACAAUAGCCUGUCCACCGCAGGGUACCGCAUCUUGCUAAAGGUCCUAAGGAGAAACACGACUGUGGAAGAACUGAGCAUCAAUAUAACGAACCAGCCCGAUGUCUCCAGCCUUUUCGAAGUCAUCCAGCUACGCAAUCUCGACACCCGUGUGAUAUUUGGCUGGAUUAACCCGAGUGGCACUGCCUUCGCAGAGGGACACAAUUUGUGCAAGCUCGCCUCUGCUUCCCUCGAUCUUGACAAUCGCAGCAUCGAGGACGCCACGAUCCUACUCGACACCCUCGUAUCGUACCGACAAAUCAACGCUCUCACCAUGGUGUGCACACAUGUCGCGGACCAAGAAGUGAUUGACAAGAUGAUCGACUCUCUUGGCAAGACCAAAUACCUCAGGCAAUUGCAUCUUAACAUCAUCCUGAAGGACACCAGCGUAGUCGCAGUCUUUCGUGCUCUGGAAGUGAACUGCAGCAUUGAAAUGCUAUUUCUCAACUACAUCAUUUUCGAGAAAAAAACCAUCAAAGCGCUGGGCGAACUGAUCGAGCACAACAAAACUAUCAACUUUCUCUCCAUCGACCUCGAGAACAGCGGUGAUCAAAACUGGAACCAGCUGCGGUCUAUCUGCUACCGGCUCAAGGAGGUCGUUCCGCGGAACCGCUAUCUAAUAUCGGUCAACGUGGUCUUCGCGGGAGACAACCGCGCCGGCGACUAUCAGAUCAAAGAGGCUCUUAGGCGUAACAUUGCGCUGGUCCACAACGCCAUCCAGUUCAUCAACGGCUCCAUGACAAAGUCGGAUGCGCUGGCCUUCGAGACGCUUCGGAAAUCGUACUCCGUGAGGCUGGUGAUGCAGGAUCAGUUUGGCGUUGCCGAAAGCGACGCGCGGCUGAAGAUCGACGCGGCGCUUGAUCGCCUGUACCAAAACUACUUCAUCUUGACAAAUGUGGUGAAGCACGGUCUCUCCUGCAGCCAAGAUGGAUCCACGAUCGCCAGCCUGCCCGAACGUGCCAUGGGCCGCCUUUGCAGCUUUCUAAGCCUCACCGAUGUCGUGGACUUUUGACACUCCCAUGAGGGCCCCGUUAUUCGGCAAUGAGACUCUUUCUCUUCUGAGGUUGGAGUGUGGGUUGUUGCAGGUGAACGUGUAGCAUUUCCUUAAUGCGCAACCGAAAAAAAAAAAAC